AUUUUCGUAUAAUAUCAAUGACAAAUCUCAAGUGAAUUUUUCUCUUCAAAGACGACUAAAAUAAUAGAACAGAAGGAUUUCCUUAUAGACGUGAACAGCACUUGUGUGUAUCAUUUUUGACGCGAGAAAUAAGAGUGAGCGAUAGACAUUACAGGAGACAGCCACCUUUGGCCAUUUAGAGAAGUGCGGAGUGUAGAAGAAAGGGUAAAACGCCAUUUAAAGUAUGUGCUCGUCAAAGCACGAUAACAAAGGCAGCGUAGAAAACAGAUAGGGAACGGACGGAUAAACACCUGUUGGUUCUGCGGAGCUGCCGCGAACCGCAAUGACCCACCUGUUCAAGAACCUAACCAACAGCAUUUGGCAUGCAUUCCAUGCAUUGCAGGCCGAUUCUGGUAACACAGUUGCCAAGUCAAAGUUAAAGGUUCUAACAGCCAAUAUCGGUACAUUAAUGGACUUGUACGGUGUGGAGAAGGGUCUAGAGCAUUAUCGGAGCACCCAGUAUCUAACAUUUGAUCAGUACACCUAUUAUUUGCAGAAAGAAGUGUUUUCUUCUGUUACUGAUGCUACUUCUAUACAAACGCUAAGAGCACUAGAAGAAGGAAUAGAUGAGAUCUGCUGGUUGAUUUGUAAGAAAGUAUAUUUGGAGAGGUCUCAUCCAGUCUUUGAGGAUCACAGUGUCUAUCAGUUGUUUAGAAUUUACUGUCUGCUUGCUGAAACUGAACCAGAUGCAACAGAUGCUUAUCUGAUAACAAUGCACGGCGACGAAGUGGCUCGAAUUGCUUCCCAUCUUGUGAUGUCUCUGGGCCUGCAAUGGGACGCAGUAGAUUUCUCAGCUCUAUCAGCGGCUAUCGGGAUGUUUAGGUUCUCUACAUUUCUGGCAGUUCUUGAAUCCAAAUACAGUGGUGGCAACACAUUGGAUACUGUCGCGUUAACAGAAGCAAUCGACGACCUGUACCAGAUAUAUGUGGAGAACGUGGUGAAGAAGGGAUAUUUGAUGAAAAAAGGUUUUCUAUUGCCGACGUUGCGAUACUUCUGGUUCGUGUUGCGUCCCGGCGAAUUGACAUAUUAUAAAGACUCUCAACAAAAAGACCCAUCAGGAUUAAUACUGUUGAACGCCAACUGCUGGGCUGAUGCGUCAGUCAAUAGUGGCAAACCUGAUAGAAGAUUCAUGCUCAGUACUCCUGAGCACAGAUGCAUUGAGUUGGUGGCAGAAGACCAUAAGGGCAGGCUUCAGUGGCUCGCAGCUUUGCAAAUUGCCAUUCAGCACUCAGGCGAGAAGAUAGGUUACCAAAGGAGUUUGGCUAAUCAGAGGAGAUCCUUACGACAGGCAAUUAAACAAGAGAAAGAGGAGACCAAGCUGGAGCUUCAGCACGAAAGACAAGCUAGAGUUGCAGCCGAAAUACAGGCUCGGAAACUGGAAGCUCUGUCGAAGGAGGAAUGUGCCAAGGUACAACAGCUGGAGGAUGUGAAGCAUAAGCUGGAGUUGCUAUUACAGGAGGAGAAACAAGCUUUACGUGAUGAGGAGAUAGUACGAAGUCUGCAAGCGAGAGUUUUACGUGAGGAAUGGGAAAAAAGGGAGCAACUGGAGAAACUGCAGGAGGAGCAGCAGAAACUACUGGAAAUGGAAAAAAUGAAGAGACUGGAGUUUGAGCGAAUGCAACAGGAGAACGAGCGACAAUUGCAAGAGGCCGAUUUAAGACUGCAACAACUAGAGGCAGAGAGACAAAAUUUGGACACUGAACUGCGAGCCGCGCGCGAGAAGGUAAAACGCGCUGAGGAGGCUCAGCUUCUGCUGGAGGCUCAAAUUUUGGCGCGACCGCUAAGAGGAGGUGAGAGAAUCAGACGCACUCAGAGCUUCAUACCGACAACGAAGGAAAGGCCGCUUUUGGAAAAGCUCGAAAGCAGCAGACCCAUGACGCUGCAUAAAAAUCUCUGAUGCAUGUGGGCGCCAGAAGGUCGAAAAAGAAAACACAGCAUUUAUCGCUCGAGUUGCAUUUAAAUCUUCCACCAAAUAGAACGACACAAAGAGCCUGGUAGAAACUAUUAUAGGGUUGAAAGGUAACUAUACCUUAUCUUCGCGAGGAAUACCCAUAAGAUUUUCCAAGUGUAAUCAGGGUACGAAUUCGACACACAGUUCCUUAUUCCUCUCGUCCACUUACCUUGUGUCCGCAAACUUAGCCAAAAAAUAUUGGUAUUUUAUAGGAUUACUAUUGCGUGUAUACGAGAAGAUUACGCGAAGAAGUAUACGCGAAUCUCUCCAUUCUUGAUCGUCUUAAAAGUAACGCAAUGUUUGCAGAUUUUAGAAAUCUGAACCAUACUUCCACACUUCUGUGACACAUAUUAUACACACGAACACCACAUGUACAUCAGAUAGUGUAGAUAUAUUUUGUUCUUGAUCAUCUUUACUGAAGUAAGAAAAUAUUUAACGCAAAUUUAAUCCUAAUUCCGUUGAGAUGUGUAUACAAAACUGCAAGAUAUUUUCUCUAAUAUAUACGCGCGCAUAUAAAAUAUUUUUAAUAUCUUAUAUAAAACAGAGAGACUCUAAAGCUUUCCGAAUAUAGGCGGAAAAACAUUUCCUAAUAUUUUAUCCGAGUCAAAUUGGAUUUCUUAUUUGAGUCGGAUAAGAUUUUACAAUAUUUUUAUAUAAGUGAUGUAAAAUCAGUUUUUACUAAUUAAAUAAGUAGAGCUUGAUCGUUAUUGAUCAAACAUAUACUGCACAUGGCUGACCGCGGCAGUCCCAGUGUGUUGUUAUCCUUGAGAAGAAUUUGUAUCUUGUUAAAAAUAAACGAUCUGAAUACUAAUUUAUAAAAAAGG